CCAAGGGCCGGUUAGCCUAUAAAUGCGCGAAGGAGCCGGCGCGGUGCGGAGACUGCGCCUCGGGAGCUGCUUCGGGGGGACACGGGGCUCUCCUGGCCCAGAGCUGCAGGUCAGGGGGGCUGGGAGGGGCCAAGGGCAAGGAGGAGACCGUGACCAAGCAGGCGACAGGGGGACUGGAAGGCGCAGGGCAGCGGCAGGGCUCAGCCCGCCGGGACCCCGGGGGACGCGCGGCGCACGGGCAGCCUGGCGCACGGCUCCGCCGGGGUGUCCGGUUCUGCCGCAGGCUGCAAAGUUUCUCCCCGCCAAGGGGAACUUUUCCCGAGGAGAGCACGGGAGAGCGCGGAGCGCCGGCUGCCGAGGGAGCCCAGGGACGGGGCUGAAUGGAGCCGACGGGAUGAACGAGGUGGGAAGAGCAUCAACGGGGCUGGAGAGGUCCCCGGAGCCCGGCGCUUGGCACCCAGAGCGCGGCACCGGGAAGGGAGCGCCCCCGGCAAGGGGCUGGCUGCGCUGAGCCGGGAGCUCGCCUGCUCUCCCCCCCCCCCCCCCCCGGCUCCUAGCGCUGCCCGCGGGAAGGGGACUUCCCCAACCAGCGCCCCAGGGGCCACUUGACCCGUGUGGGGAGCGGCCCCCGUCCGUCCCCCAGGCACGGGGCUUUGGAAAGGGCGCCCCGCGGAGCAGCCACAGCGCCGGUAGGAGAGACGCGGGUGCCCGAAGCGGUGAUCGGCUGGGGAAUCCCACCUCCCCGCAGGGCCCGCGGACAGGGACAAAGGCGAGACCCUGCCACGCCAGAGGGGGGGAGCGAGCCAAACUUCCAAAGAACCUCUCCGGGAGGGGCCCAUGCGCCUCUCCUGGUGCUUUGAGAGGAGCACUGACCCUUGCCUUCCUUGAGCCCUGACCUCUUGGCUCAGGGCCACUGGAACCUGCUAGUCCCGACUGGCCGAGGACUCUGCUGUGCCCUGGGAGGCAGGUUAGAUGACCGAGGAUGGAGGAGGAAGGUUCUCUGCUGAAGAACCUGUCUGCUGGCUUGGGAAGGGAGGAUGGUCUCUACCCCACCUGGGUGGUGAUCACGCUGGCUGUCAUCCUCAUCGUCACCAUCGCUGUGGACAUCCUGGGCAACCUCCUGGUGAUCAUCUCUGUCUUCAAGAACAAGAACCUGAGAAAAGCAGGCAAUGCCUUCGUGGUGAGCUUGGCCAUUGCAGACUUACUUGUGGCUUUUUACCCUUAUCCCCUGGUCCUGAUGGCUAUUGUUCAUGGCGGCUGGGUGAUGGGGUACCUCCACUGCCAGGCCAGCGGCUUUCUGAUGGGCAUCAGCGUUAUCGGCUCCGUCUUCAACAUCACGGGCAUCGCCAUUAACCGCUACUAUUACAUCUGCCACAGCCUGAAGUACGACACGCUCUUCUCGGGCACCAACACCGUGUGCUACGUGGGGCUGGUUUGGGCACUCACCUUGCUGGCCAUCGUGCCAAACUUCUUUGUGGAGUCCCUGCAGUACGACCCGCGAGUGUACUCCUGCACUUUCGCCCAGUCCGUCAGCGCCCUUUACACCAUCUCCGUGGUGGUCAUCCAUUUCUUUCUACCCAUCACCAUCGUCAGCUACUGCUACCUGCGGAUCUGGCUGCUGGUCCUCCAGGUGCGGCGCAGGGUGAAGCCGGAGACACAGCCCAAAAUCAAGCCCCAUGAUUUCUGGAACUUCCUGACCAUGUUUGUGGUCUUCGUGCUCUUUGCUGUGUGCUGGGCACCGUUAAACUUCAUCGGCUUCGUGGUGGCGGUCAAGCCCACACUGGGUUCCUUGAUACCCGAGUGGCUCUUCACGGCCAGCUACUUCAUGGCCUACUUCAACAGCUGUCUGAACGCUGUGGUUUACGGGGUGAUGAACCAGAACUUUAGGAAAGAGUACAAGAGAAUCAUACUGACUGCAUUGCAACUGGCUUACAGGACUGAUGGAGACUAGCACCCAUGGGCUGAGCCAGAAGGGAGGAGGUUUUACCAUAUUCACACUUAUCCCCUGCUCCACUUUUAAGUGAAGUGCAAAGAGUGCAGCCAAAACAGCGAGAGGUCAGCAGAGGACACAGCUCCAUAUAUAAGCUGUCUGCAACAAGAACAAUGCAGCCCACCCUGUUCUGCAACAUAGGAUCCUCUUUGGAAUGCAAUGAGCUUUGAAAACAGACCCUCCUUGCUUACUUGCCCUGGCAUAGUCUCCCCAGCCUCAGUCAGAUAUGUAUCCUGGAAACAGCUAGAGCCAAGUGAUUCCUAGUAAAUUUAUUCAGUGAACUAUCCACAAACAUUUCACCAUUUUCUCUAACUUCUCCAUUAUUCACCAACUAAUUCUGUGUAUCUCAAGAAUGUUUGUGAACAGCUAGCUGAGUGUUGGACACCAAAAUUCAACUGGUUUCAUUUGGACCCAUGGAAUAGUUACUGUUCCACGAUUGGAUGAGCAUAAGUCCCAGCACUGAAGUUUUCUGUGUGAACACUCACCUCUAUGUCUUGGGAAUCUGUCUUCCCGAAGUAUUCUCCAGUAUUUACGGACUAUUUGCUGUUCCUGCUAAUACGCCUGCCAGCAAACUUGCACUGGCCACAAGGUUACCCCAGAGUGAAAGCAGAAAGGGGUGUAAACUCAGCCAAAGGGAAUUCAAUAUUUUUAUUGAAUGGUGGGAUUUUCCAGAAGCUCCCAAAGGAGACAGGUGCCUCUGAAAGCCCCACCUUACGUGAAUAUACACAAAAAUGGUAGCAUUUGGUAAGUCAUGCGAUUCCCUUGAAUGAGCUGAGGUGGUGAACCCUUUCCCUUCUCUUUGGAGCCAAGGGUGAACCGUUCAGGAAGGAAAACCCAUCACCAGAAAACUGAAUCCACUUCAGAAGAAGACAAUCAUCAGUGUGACUUGAUGCUCCUCUGAUGAAAAACCAUCACAAUGGGAAGGGGAAACCACCACAAUGAGGCUGAAUCUAAGUCAGAAGAUAAUCCACAAUGACAAGUCCUCUGCAAAUGCCAGCGGCUCAAAGAGAGCAUAUUACCUUUAAAUGAGACCAGACCUGGAGGCUCUUGACAAGAUAUUUAGAGCACAAGUGUGAAUACUGUUUCCCAUGCUGAGAGGAGCUUAUAGGAAAGAAGCCAAUUUUUCUCUCGUUUGGUGUUUAAUUCAAGAGAUAUUUUGGACUAGAGGAAAGGGAGUUGGGCCCAGAUCCUUAAGGUAUUUAGGAUUCUAACUUCCAUUGAUUUCAGUGGAGGAUCUGGGCCUUUGUCCCCAGUGGCCCCAAAUGGCAACGGUUCACUGGGCUUGAAUUUAACAGAUUGUGGGACUGAGGAGAAGGGAAUAAGGAAGACAGAGUCAAGAUGGUUAGGUUUUCAACAAGUCUGACCAGCAGUAAGGAAAUUAUCCACUUGUCUUACUUGCAUAUGUAACAAGUUCCAGUGUGCAAUGGGGUGUGGCACCACAGAACAAAUUUUGCAUGCAAUUUUCCUUUGAUCCCUGGAGAUCUUCUGCUCUGGUUACCCCGGCAUGUAAAGCAUAAAUCUGCUUUUGUGCACAGCCAUCAAGGAAGACAUGAAAAUAUGUUUUAAAUCAGCGAUACUCAGACUGAGGCUCAUGAGCCACAAGUGGCUCUUUAAUGGGUUUCCUGAGGUUCUUUGCAGCACAUGCUAUUAAAGUAUUGUGUGAUUUAAUUAUUAACCAAUCAGGAGGCUUUUACUAUGUUAUUAACCAAUUGUAGUUUAUAAAAUACUACUACUUGGUCAGUCAUUUUGCUGUGAGAAUAAUAUAUAUGUUAUUAUAUAUAUAAACGAAAUAUUUCCCACUGCACUGUUUAAAUAUGACUGUAUAGUAAAUGAAAUAAUGAUUUCACACGACCACGGCUCUUUUGGGUAAUGUUGAUCACCAAUUUGACUCCUGAACCACUGAGGUCUGAGUAUCACUGUUUUAAAUGCAAGUUUACAAGUGUGAGUAUGUCUGUAAUGUAUUAUGGGUGGGAUUUUCAAAUGAGCCUAAAUUACUUAUAAGUGUAAGUCCCAUUCACUUUCAAUGCAACUUUCAAUGCAACAAACACACCUGUGUGUGUGUGUACACACCCCUACCUUGAUUAAAAACAUCUUGUCUUCCUUGAUAGGCAUGAAAGAGAAAAAAAAAAUCAGUGUUUUUCCCCAGAUGCAGUCAUUGGUUUAAUGAGUUUAUUUUCACCUGGGUUCCAAAAAGAACACAAAUAUCCAAGUGAAAAAGCUUUACUGUAGAUUCAAUCAGAUCUGAUUCACCUGCACUUCAUCUGUUGCUCGGAAAGAGCAAAGGGAUAACUAGUCUUACAACAGGUAUGAAAUCUCCCAUUUGCUCUCCCUGCCCCCAAAUAAAAAUGAUGUU